AUGGUGGGCUGGGGGGUGGCGGUACUAUGUUUGUGGGUGUCUUGUGGCUCUGCCGCCGGACAGCUCGAAUACUCGGUGUUGGAGGAAACCCGGCGGGGCGUAGCCGUGGGCAACGUGGCCGCGGACUUGAAGCUGUCAGCAGUUGCUCUGUCCUUGCGCAACUUUCGCUUCCUUUCCAGUCACAGCGAGCCCUACUUUGGGGUGGACCUGGCCAGCGGUAGCUUGGUGGUCCAGGAGCCGGCGGACCGGGAGCUGCUGUGCGGGGCCAGAGCUACCUGCAUCUUGACCUAUGAGCUGGUGCUCCAGGACCCGCUGGAGCUGCACAAGGUGCGCAUCCACGUCCGGGACACCAACGACAACUCACCUCUCUUCCCUGGCAGCGAUGUGCAGCUGUAUAUCCCCGAGUUCUUGAUGCGAGGGGCCCGUUUUACUCUCCCGAAUGCCCAAGAUGCCGACGAGGGAAGCAACGGGGUGCUAAGCUACCGCCUGAGCCCCAGCCAGCACUUUCGCCUAGACAUGGGGUCGCGGGUCGACGGCAGCGAAUACCCGGAGUUGGUAUUGGAGAAAGCGCUGGAUCGCGAGGAGCGAGCCACCCACCAGUUAGUGCUCACGGCCUGGGAUCGAGGGCGGCCCGCGCGCUCCGGGGACACGCAAGUCACCAUCAUCGUGGUGGACACCAAUGAUAACGCGCCUGUAUUUGAGCACACAGUAUACCGCACCAAGGUGCCAGAGACCGCGCCCAACGGUACCGUGUUGUUCCGAGUUCAGGCCUCUGACCCGGAUGAAGGCCCCAACGGGGAAAUCCGGUACUCCUUAAGCAACAGCACGCGAGCAGAGCUGCGACGCCACUUUCACGUGCACCCUAGAAGUGGGGAGGUGCAAGUGGCAGCUUCCCUGGGCCCACCUGAAUCGCUGUUGGAGGCAUACAUCGAAGCCAGGGACGAAGGAGCCUUUGGUCUAGCUAGCACCGCCAAACUCCUGGUGGAAGUGACCGAUGUGAACGAUCAUGCCCCCGAGGUCAUCUUCAUGACUCCUUCCAGUCCAGUUUCUGAGGACGCCGCUCCUGGCACCGUGAUUGCUUUCCUUAGUGUAAGGGAUGAAGACCUGGGUCCCAAUGGUCAGGUCAUUUGUAGCUUGUCCAGCGGAGGCCCUUUUAAGCUGAAGGCUUCCUUUGACAACUACUACAGCUUGCUUACUGACGGCCCAUUGGACCGGGAGCAGGUGAGCGCCUACCAGGUGUCCAUCACGGCCUCCGAUGGUGGCUCACCCCCUCUUAGUACCCUCAGGACCCUGACUGUGUCAAUCGCUGAUAUCAAUGACAAUACACCAAGCUUUUCCCAACCGCAACAGGAAUUUUUUGUGGCUGAAAACAACGGCCCUGGCGCCUCUUUAGGCCAAGUGUUUGCCCAGGACCCGGACCUGGGGAAGAACGGCCUUGUCUUCUAUGAGCUGCUGGACGGUAUCUCUGAAGGGGUGGCGCCCUCCAGCUUGGUGGGGGUGGAGUCAUCCAGCGGGACUAUCACUGCCAAAACUUCCUUUGACUUUGAGCGGCUCAGGGGCUUUCAUUUCCAAGUGGAAGCCCGCGAUGGUGGCCUUCCCCCAAGAAGUGCAACUGUGACCGUGAACUUGUUCAUAGUAGACAGAAACGACAAUGCUCCAGUCAUCUUGUUUCCCUUGCCCAGAAAUGGCGCUAUCCCAGUGGAAAUGGUGCCUCGUUCUGCCAGAACUGGACACUUGGUCACAAAAGUGGUAGCAGAGGAUGCAGACAGUGGCUCUAAUGCUUGGCUCUCCUACCACAUCUCUCAGGCAUCUGACUCCAGCCUGUUCAGAAUUUCAGCCCAUAUGGGAGAGCUCUGCACUGCUAGAUUAGUUUUGUCCACAGAUGCAGUUAAACAGAGAGUGGUGGUAGUGGUCCAGGACCGCGGAGACCCACCACUUUCCUCUUCUGUCACACUGGGUGUGCUGCUGAGCGACUCUGCCCCGCAGGUCCUUCCAGACUUUGAAGAUGCAUGGGAAACAGGAGGACACCUCUCCUCCCAGAACCUGUAUUUACUUACUGCCCUGAUCUGUAUUUCUGUUUUAUUUCUGGGAUGCUUAUUUUUCUUUGUGUGUAUCAAGUUGAUCCAGAGCCCAGGUUGUUGCUCUCAGAGCUGCUGUCACCCUCCAGAGGAUCUGCGGUGUAGAAGGAAGGUGACUGCAAAUCCUUGCAUGACAUCAGCCACAAUAGAUGUCACUACAGUUGAGAGACUUUCCCAGACCUAUCUCUAUCGGGCAUCUCUGGGACUUGGCUCUGAUAAUAACAGUUUGCUGUUGCGAGGGGAAUACACUGCUGCUGACCUGAGAAAUCUGACCACUGGGGUAGGACUGAAUUUGCCUGUAUCCUGUAUUCAGAUUUGGAAUGGCAAAGGGCAGCACACACACGUCAUUGCCAUGGUAAGCUCAUUUCAUUGGGUUUGAUUCCCUUGAUCAGGAGAGGGCUGCU